GCAUAUAGUUUCUAUUCUAUAAACAGAUAGAACUACGGAGGGUGUUAGAAAAAUUUUUAUUUUGUCAUCCUUGUCAUCGAAGCACCGGGAGGACUGUCAAACAAUACUUGAAUUAAAUUGUUGUCAUUAAGGGGUAAAUUAAUAGAGCGACAUGGGGAACGGGAAGAAGGGCGAACAAGAACCGUUAUUAAAAAAGGAAAAGGAAAUUUACGAUUCUCCAUUGAGUCUCGUUGACGAAGUGGAAUCAACUGUCAGUACAGUAUCUGCAAUAGGUCCUGAUGAACUGCCACCUUCGUACGAAUCAAAUAGUCAGUAUGGCAUGCAUAUGGUUACAUGCAGGGUUUGUCAGGCUAUGAUAGAUAUUUCUGGUAAAAGAGAUCAACAUGUUGUUAAAUGCUGUCAGUGUAAUGAAGCUACACCCAUACGAAACGCACCACCUGGAAAGAAAUAUGUACGUUGCCCAUGUAAUUGUUUGUUAAUAUGUAAGAGUUCUUCACAACGCAUCGCUUGUCCAAGGCCAAACUGUAAACGUAUUAUUAAUCUUGCUCCAAGUCCAAUCACACCACCUGUUCUAUCUAUGCCUGGAAUGUGUAGGGUAUGUUGUGCUCACUGUCAUGACACAUUUUUGUUCAAUACCUUAAAUAAUGCUUUGGCUCGAUGUCCACAUUGCCGAAAAAUAUCCUCUGUCGGUCCAGAUUUUGCUAGAGGUCGAGGUAUUGCAUUCUCUAUUGUUGGAUUAAUAGCCUUAGUAAUUGCAAUAGCAGUGACUGUUGGUACACAUACAUAUGCAAAAUCUAGUGGUGGAAUUUACAUAGCUUAUGUUGGUGCAUUCCUUUUGGCAAUAUUGGGCUUUGGACGCAGCAUUUAUUACUGUACAAUGAAAAUUAGUAUGAUAGAAGGUCCUAUGUAAUACUCUAAACGACAAUCAAUUGCUAAUAUUUUAAAACCAAUUCCUCUAACAUCUAUGUCGUAUAAUAAUAUAUUUAGAUCAAAUGUUUAUAGUAAUAAAAUGACAUAUAAGUCCACUUAGGAGGAUAUUUGGUAGAUGUGUACAUUCUUACAUAUGCAUAUGUAAAUUUAUUUGCUAGUAAUAUGCAAUAUUCUUACAUAUAUGUAUGAAGAUGUACGUGUUAUGGACAAAGAGGAUGUGUAACUAUAAUAUAUGACACUUUCUCACAUAAGUUAAUAUAUUGAGAGGUAUUAGAGGAAGAUGGGGUUCUAUUUCAAAAACAAAGGAUUGUUCCUCUGCACUUUUAUAUGUACAAGCACAGGACCAAGACAGCAACCCCAUUAUAUUGUUUUCAUAUUUGAACGAAAAUAUACUAUAUAUGCUUUCUACAUCUACAGUAAAUAAACAAAUGCACAUAGAUAUAUAUGCAAAUAAAACAUUCUUGCAUGAAUAUUA